UUUGGUAUUAUAAGCCAAGAAAGCCAAAACCUUCAUCAACAUCGCCAAAUAAAUUUUGGAUUAUCCUUCACAACUGCUACAAGGAUUAAAACUUUGAAUUGAAUUUUUAAAUCGUUAUUCCAGAAAUAAAUCCAUUCAGAAAUAUGACCAGUCUUAAAGUUAUUCUACUUUUGGCUUUGAUCGGCUUGGCUUAUGCCACUCCAGGAGGCUUCUUUGGCAAACAUGAACAUCACACCAUUCACGUGCCAUACAAAGUUCACACCAUCCAUCAUCACCAUGUCAAGAAGGUGCCCGUCAUCAAGGAGGUUGUGAAAGAGGUGCCCGUCGAAAAGUUGGUCGUCAAAGAAGUUGUCAAAGAGGUACCCGUUGAGAAAAUUGUCCAUGUGCCCGUUGAAAAGAUCGUCCAUGUGCCCGUGCAUGUACCCGUCCAUGUUCAUCAUGAAGAUCACCAUGGCGGUUAUCAUGGUGGCCACAGCAGCGAAUACAUUGUCAGCAGUGACUCUCACAAAGGCUGGUCCUCAUCUGGAUGGUAAAAUAAUUAGUCAAUAGAGAAAUCCCUAUUUUAGUCCCAGUAUUUGUUUUGUUUUCCUCUUCACCACCACCACCACUACUACCUGUCUAGUUUAAGUAUCUCUUUGAGUAUUUAAAUAUUUCUAUUUGUUUUAUUUUGUAAAUAUUUUUUGUUUUAAUUGUUGUUUUCGUUUUUUUAUUAAAUGAAUUAUAAACUAUAUUUGUUGUACAAUUUUUUUUGUUUAGUAGUUGUAGUUAUUAAAUGAAUUACUAAAUAAAA